AUGUCUUAUUCGAGUUAUAGCUCAGGAACUGCAACCUGGCAGGAGAGACUUGAAGAAAAGUGCCGUGAGGCCCAGAUUCAUCCUCCAGUCUUCCAAAUCGUGUCUGAUAGACGUGGGGGGCGGACAGCAUGGUCCAGCACGGUCACCAUCCAAGGACAAAAUAUCUCGGCACGGUUCUGGUACGAUGGACAAUAUGUGAAUAAUGCUAAAGAGGAUGCGGCGGAGGUUGCCCUGAAGCAUUUGAAUGGAUCGACUCCUAGCUCCCCUUCACAAAGUCGAACAGCAUGGUAG